AGGAUGGCUCUCCACUACCAACUGGUAUGGAAGAGGUUCGUAACAAAGCAAUGGUUUUUAAGGUUUCUGCUAAAGCCGAUCAUUUCAAGAACCGAGCCAUGCCUAUACCAGUUGUCGGGAUAACCUAUGAUGCCGAAUUAGUUCACCAUUACUGUCCAUCUUUGGUUGAUGAUCAGGACCACCUAUCCAUCAUGCUUGAUGAAGAUGACCAAGAUGGACAGUCUGAAGAAUCUGAAUCUGGAGAUGAGGCCAGUAGCCCAAAUGUGACUCAAACUAAGAAGCAAAGGACUGCUGAAAAUAAUCAAGCACUGGAAGUAGCAGAAACUAAAAGAAACCUGAUUGAUCAAUUCUCCUCAACUAAAGAUGUUAAGAAAUCAAAGCCUGUUGUCGUCAAACUGGAGAAGAAUUGAAAGUGAAAGACCUUAAUUGCUAACUCUCUGUUUUAAGGGUUUAAUGAUGGACAAUUUUCACUGCAUAGUGGUUUAGUUGUAUGGAUUUGAUGUAUUUUCUAAACCUAUUUUGAUAAUAUGUACUGUGAAGUACAUAUUAUAUGUUUUGGAUCAUUUUAGAACCUAAUCAUUUGCUUUAAAUUUUAUGUUUUAAAAAUAGUUUAGCUGCUCUUUGUUAUUGUUAUUUGUGUAUUGCCUAACAUUUUGCAGGUAAGAAAACACAGAUGUCAAG